AUGACCAAACCUCGGCCCCGGCGCAAGUCUAGCAGUCUUGGAGGAGAGCCUCGAGGUGACACUGGAGCUUCUGCUCUUGCUACUUUGUCUAUGCUACCCCAGCGCACAUCUACACCGACACAAGACAAAGCUACAAGAACAUCCAAGCGUCGCAAAGCACGCAGUCUCCUCAAGCGAUAUGUCCGCGUCUCUCUCCGACACACCUGGCUCAAUCCCUUGAUCCUCGUGCUCCUGAUCCUGGCCCUCUACGCUGUCAACCCAUCCACCUCGAACCCCUUCUACUAUUGCAUCUUCCUCGCAUACCCCCUCGACACUCCUGCUGGCAAACCAACUCAGUAUGGCAAGGGUCAAGCCGAUUUUGCUUUUGUCGCCUUCUACACCAUUGUCCUGAGCUUCACCCGCGAGUUCCUCAUGCAGCGCAUGAUCCGUCCCCUCGCCAUUCAUCUGGGCAUCACUAGAAAAGCAAAGCAAGCUAGAUUCAUGGAGCAAUUCUACACGGCCAUCUACUUUGCCAUCUUCGGUCCCUUUGGCUUGUACGUUAUGCGCCGCUCGCCCGUCUGGUACUUCAACACGGACGCCAUGUUCGAAGGCUUCCCUCACCGUAGCCACGAAGCUGUCUUCAAGGCUUAUUAUUUGUUGCAAGCAAGUUACUGGACACAACAGGCCAUCGUCCUGUUGCUUAUGCUGGAGAAGCCCAGAAAGGAUUUCAAAGAGCUUGUUUUGCAUCACAUCGUCACUGUUGCCUUGAUCUGGUUGAGCUACCGUUUCCACUUCACCUACAUGGGUAUUGCUGUCUAUAUCACCAUGGACAUUUCUGAUUUCUUCCUCGCUACCUCCAAGUGCCUCAACUAUCUCGAUUCACCCAUCACUGGACCAUACUUUGGUCUCUUCAUUGGAGUAUGGUUCUACCUCCGCCAUUACCUUAACUUGCACAUUCUCUGGGCAACCUUGACCAGCUUCCGCACAGUCGGCCCUUACGAACUCAACUGGGAAACACAACAAUACAAAUGCUGGAUUUCGCAGAUCAUCACUUUCUCCCUGCUCUUCGCUCUGCAAGCUGUCAAUGUCUUCUGGUUCGUCUUAAUCUUGAGAAUCGCUUAUAGAUUCCUCAGAAGCUCUGUUGCCAAGGAUGAGAGAAGUGAUGAUGAAGAAGAUGAGGAGGAAAUCAUCGAAGAGCAAGAGAAGGACAAGGUCAGGCAGAGUAUUCCUAGUGUGGAACUGAAUGGUGAGAAGUUGGUUGGCGCUACUGGUAGGGAUUCUACUCCCGAGGGAUUGAAGCGUAGAGGAUAA